AUUGAUAUUUACGGUUACACUAGAUCUAUUCGCAAAACAUUGCAGUCGCGUUUUCAAUUGGAAUAAAAUGUUAUUUUAAUUACAAUUGGAAUAUAUACAAUUAGUUUGCAAACAACAUUUCAAGCUUUCGAACUGCACUUGCUGUAGUAGUAGUUGUUGUUGUUGUAUUCCCGUGUUCGCCUGAAAAUCGCCCACCCCCUACUCCUUACUGAAGAGCAGCAGCUGUGAACAGUGUCGAGCGUUGCCACACCUCAAAAAUGGAUCGAAAGGCUGAGCUGGAGCGGAAAAAGGCCAAAUUGGCAGCACUGCGCGAGGAGAAGGAUCGCCGGCGCCGCGAAAAAGAAAUCAAAGACAUGGAAGAGGCAGCCGGCCGCAUUGGCACCGGCACUGGCAUCGACAAGGAUCAACGCAAAGAUUUAGAUGAAAUGCUUUCGUCACUAGGCGUUGCGCCCGUUUCGGAAGUGUUGUCCUCGCUGUCGUCAGCCAAUUCGCUAACCUCGGAUAAUUCCAAUACACAAACGCCCGAUGUCAGCCUACAGGCAAAUGUCAAUGGACAGGGCGCCGGCAAGAAGCAACCUUUGAAUCUGAGCGUCUAUAAUGUGCAGGCCACAAACAUUCCACCAAAGGAGACGCUCGUCUAUACGAAGCAAACACAGACCACAAGCACCGGCGGACACGAACGUGAUGGAUAUAUGGAGGAUUGGUGGCGUCCACGUAAAGCUCAUGCAACGGAUUAUUAUGAUGAAUACAAUCUUAAUCCGGGUUUAGAGUGGGAGGAUGAAUUCACAGGAGAUGACGAAGAGAGCUCGCUGCCACAUCUGGAUCAUGGUUUUAGUUCCAAGCUGCCGCCUGGCUAUCUCACUCACGGUCUGCCCACGGUGAAGGAUGUGGCCCCAGCCAUAACACCGCUCGAACAAAAGAAGGAACAGGAGGAGAAGAAGGAAGUCAAGGAACUAUCGGAGGAGCAAAAACAAAUGAUCAUCUUAUCGGAGGAUUUUCAAAGGUUCGUAUUGCGUGCAGGUCGUGUCAUUGAACGUGCUCUCUCGGAGAAUGUGGACAUAUACACCGAUUACAUUGGCUGCGGCGAUAAUGAGGAGGCAAACGAUGAACGCUCGCAUGCUCGUCUCUCACUGAAUCGUGUCUUUUACGAUGAGCGCUGGUCCAAGAAUCGCUGUAUCACUAGCAUGGAUUGGUCCACCCACUUUCCGGAAUUGGUUGUAGCCUCCUAUCACAACAACGAGGAGAGUCCCAAUGAACCAGACGGCGUCGUUAUGGUCUGGAAUACGAAGUUCAAGAAGCAAACGCCCGAGGAUGUUUUCCAUUGUCAGAGUGCCGUGAUGUCCACCUGCUUUGCCAAAUUUAAUCCCAAUCUAAUACUCGGCGGCACAUACUCCGGUCAGAUUGUACUUUGGGAUAAUCGCGUACAGAAACGUACGCCCAUACAACGCACACCAUUGAGUGCUGCUGCCCAUACACAUCCUGUUUACUGUCUGCAAAUGGUGGGUACACAGAAUGCUCACAAUGUCAUCUCCAUAUCAUCGGAUGGCAAAUUGUGUUCGUGGUCCUUGGAUAUGUUGUCGCAGCCGCAGGAUACGCUGGAGUUGCAGCAGCGUCAAUCGAAGGCAAUUGCCAUUACAUGCAUGGCCUUCCCGGCCAACGAGAUCAACAGCCUGGUCAUGGGCAGUGAGGAUGGAUAUGUCUAUUCAGCUUCAAGGCACGGAUUGCGCUCCGGCGUCAAUGAGGUGUUUGAAAGGCAUUUGGGUCCCAUAACGGGCAUCUCGACGCACUAUAAUCAAUCGUCGCCCGACUUUGGGCAUCUGUUUUUGACCUCAUCAAUCGAUUGGACCAUCAAGCUCUGGUCGCUCAAGGAUACAAAGCCUUUGUACUCAUUUGAGGAUAACUCGGAUUAUGUGAUGGAUGUCGCCUGGUCGCCCGUUCAUCCCGCUUUAUUUGCUGCUGUCGAUGGUAGCGGUCGCCUUGAUUUAUGGAAUCUCAAUCAAGAUACCGAAGUACCAACGGCAUCAAUCGUCGUCGAUGGUGCGCCAGCGCUCAAUCGCGUCUCCUGGACGCCAUCGGGUCUCCAUGUCACCAUCGGUGACGAGGCGGGCAAGCUCUAUGUCUAUGAUGUGGCUGAGCAUUUGGCGUUGCCAUCGCGCGAUGAAUGGUCGCGAUUCAAUGCGACACUCAAUGAGCUCAAAAUGAAUCAGAACGAUGAGGUCUAAGCAGCAAACAACAACAGCAGCAACAACAACUAACCCAGGCAUUAGUUUAUAAUAAUGAUAUAUGGAACAACAAAACAAAAAGCGUUUCGUUUAUACACAAACAAAAAAUCGUUAUUAUGCAUCGCCAAAAAAUGUUGGGGAAAUAUCUAAUUUAUAUGCUUCAAUUUAUCAUAAUGCAAUCAUCCCCAGCCCCCCCUUAAAUAUGAAAUAUUUAUUUAUAUGCUUGAGUGUAUCAGAAUUCAAUCAAAAUACAAGUCUUAUACACGUUUCCACCCAUAUUCCACGAUUGCGAGUUGGUUGCUUAGACUCGCCUUCAAGCGUAAAGUUCAUUCAAAAUGAAUUUACACUGGCCUACAUAAAAUUCAAAUAAUACGAUUGCGUUACAUAAUUGAAACGAUUUUGAGUUUAUAAUACGACGAAACGUUUUGUUCUGAUUU